AUGGCAAGUUCAAAACCUGCAAGACUGAAGGUGAUUCUAGGAGAGAGCAACACUGAAAAACUGACUCUUCCAAAUGGCAUACCAGAUUCUCUGGAUGAUCUUCUCAGCAAGGUGAAGGAUACCUUUGGUUUAAAGACCAACAUCAGACUGCAAUAUAUGGACAAAGACUUUGGUAAUGACUUCUUCAACCUCAGCUCAACUUCUGACCUUGAGGACUUGGGAACAGUCAAGGCGUCAGGAGGUGUGAAUGAAGAACCUGGCAUAGAGGAUUUCAAGGACAGAUGGCCUGCCCUGUUCCAACAGAAAGAGAUUAAUGCGGAGUUCCUGAGACUCAUGGCUCUUCCCCUUGAGCAGACUUUCUUUGCCCAGUUGGACAGGCUCUCAAGUCAGCUGAUUAAAGUCAUCAAAGCCAAGGGAGGAGCAACACGUGCAAAAAUAGCUGGAAUCAUGAGAAUCUAUGAUGAGGUGGAGGACAUUGGGAUUCGAAGGGAAUGUGUUCUGAAAGGGCUCAUCACCUUUCUUGGAGAGGAUCCAGAAGACCUUAUUAAGGAAUACAGUGGCAGCUGUGGAGAUGAUGCCCAGUGGAUCUCAAACAACUCACCCCUGGCAAUGUUUGUGAUUCGGAAGAAGGGAGAGGGAUUGGAAGAAAUCCCCAGAAGACAUUGGCAUUGUCAUUGA